AUGCUCAUGGUGACACAGGCCGGGGACUUCCCUCGCCUUCUACCCGGGGCUCGGAUGCCCGCUCAGAUCCGGCUGCCGGCACGACGGAAAGGGCGGCGGAAGGCCCGCCGCUGCCGGGAGCUUCGAGGGACGGCGGCGGCCCUGCUCCUGCGUCUGUCGCCUUGCGGUGGUCGGCGGCAGCGCCCGUUCUGGCGCUUGAGGGGUUGGGCUGUGGCGAAGGGACUGCGAGGUACUAGCGGAGGAGGAGGAGGAUGGGGUACCACCAGCCAGAGAUACACUAACGUUAUCCAGCCAUCAGCCUUUAAGUCUAAUACAUGGGGUGGCAGCAGAGAUCACGGAAGAGGAUUUUUUGGAUCAUCAGGCAGCAGCCCCAGAAAUGCAGACUUUUCGCAGAACAGAUUCUCUGCGUUAAUGAACAGUCAAAAUAUUGCUGAUGGCUAUAAAGACGAAGAGGAGAGACUUCUUGAAAGUGUAGUGAAAGACAUGGAGAUUUGGAAAUCUUCAGGACAAUGGAUAUUUUCAUGUUAUUCACCCACGAAAGAAAAGCCAAAUAUCUCAGGCUUUCACGAUAUCUCUCCAGAAGAGUUGCGUCUGGAGUAUUUCAACUGCAGAGCAAACAAUACCGUUCAGAACUAUGUAAAUUCUGUCCAACAGUUAGUAAAACAAUGGAAAAAUCGUCUGGUUCAGUUGAAAUCUUCAAAUGCAUCAACAAAAGCAGCUUUGCUCUCUGAAUUAAAGAACACGGUCAGUCAACCAUUGCCUUCCUUUGGAUUUGGAGGACAGCAAACAUCAAGUUUUGGAUCGUCAAACUUUCCUGUGAACAGCAGCAGUAACAGUGCUAGCAACUUCUCCUUUAAAAUAAGUUCCAGUCUCGUCAGUGCAUCAUCUGGAAACACCCCUGCUUUUGGGAGCAGUUCUGCUGGUUGUAAUCCUGCAUUUGGAGUGACGUCCUCUCCAAGCGUAUCCCAUUCUGUUGGUUUUGGCAGCCUGGUGGCUCCAUCUGCAGGCUCCUUCUCACUUAAAGCUUCUGAAACAACUAAUGGUUUUGGAACUUCUGCGUUUUCAGGGUUUGGCAGUUCUGCUGCUGUGAACACUUCAAGCACCACUCCACUUACAAACGUUGGAGCUUCUAAUGUAGCAGUGGCAGCUUCUCCCUCACAUUCAAGCAGUACUGUAUUUGGACAGACUGCCAGUGCCUCUGGACAUAACAUAACAUCAGCGUCUUCUGCAGUCACAAGCAAUGCUACGUCAGGAAAGUUAUUUACACCAAUGAGUGAAUUGUCAGCUGAAGAGUUGAAACAAUUUGAAGCAAAGAAGUUUACGAUGGGAAAGAUUCCUCUUAAGCCACCCCCAUUAGAACUUCUACAAAUUUAGAACUUUUAAGUUUAUUCUGAAAUAAUGCCUUAUGGUAACUUCUCUGAUACCUAAACCACACAAUUUUGUGGUUAAUAAAAGGCUUCCGUUUGAGUUAAUUUUUGUUUCCUCUCUAAGUCUUCUGCAUUAAUAAACUCACAGGUACAAACAUUUGAACACUGUAUUUUAUGAUUUCUUGGUUAUUUUGGAAUGGACCUUUUA